AUCAUUAACAAACGGAGAUCAUGGCCAUGGAGAGAUCUCCUCCUCCGCAACCAUCUCCUCCGUCGUCUCCUUCCUCUUCCUCCAUUUCCUCCAUUUGCAAGAGGGCGAGGACCCAGAAGGGCAGCAAGGCCAACAAGGCCAAGAGGCCCAGGAAAGAUCAGGCUGAUCCUCCCAAUGCCGCCACCACCGGGAAGAGGAGCUCAAUCUACAGGGGCGUCACCAGGCACAGGUGGACGGGCAGAUUCGAGGCGCAUCUCUGGGACAAGCAUUGCCUCACCUCGCUUCAGAACAAGAAGAAAGGCAGGCAAGUCUAUUUGGGGGCUUAUGAUACCGAGGAGGCAGCUGCUCGGGCGUAUGACCUUGCAGCGCUCAAGUAUUGGGGUCCUGAAACAGUGCUGAAUUUCCCAGUGGAGGAUUACGCGGGCGAGAGGUCGGAGAUGGAGGGGGUGUCGCGGGAGGAGUACCUGGCAUCCCUCCGCCGCCGGAGCAGCGGCUUCUCCAGGGGCGUCUCCAAGUACAGAGGGGUCGCCAGGCAUCACCACAACGGAAGGUGGGAGGCGCGGAUUGGGCGAGUCUUUGGGAACAAAUACCUCUACUUGGGAACAUUUGAUACUCAAGAGGAGGCAGCCAAGGCCUAUGAUCUCGCAGCCAUUGAAUACCGAGGCGCCAAUGCUGUAACCAACUUCGACAUUAGCUGCUACCUGGACCACCCGCAGUUACUGGCGCAGCUCCAACAGGAUCCACAGGUGGUGCCAGCACUCAACCAAGAACCUCAACCUGACCAAAGCGAAAAUAUGGUCCAAGAGCCCGACUCAAGCGAAGGGAAGACGCCUGAUGACAUUGCAGAGCCCCUUGUGGUCGAUGACGGCAUCGAAGAGAGCUUAUGGAGCCCUUGCAUGGAUUAUGAAUUGGACACCAUGUCUAGAACUAACUUCAGCAGCUCCAUCAAUCUGAGCGAGUGGUUCAACGACGCAGCCUUCGAGAGCAACAUUGGGUGCUUGUUUGAAGGGUGUUCUGCGGUUGACGAAGGCAGCAAGGAUGGUGCAGGUCUGGCAGAUUUCAGUUUGUCUGAAGAAGGUGACGAUAAGCUGAAGAAGGUUUCAGACAUGGAAGAGGGAAUACAUCCUCCAACAAUGAUCAGUGUGUGCAAUUAAUUGAGUCUCCCUGUGCGUGCGUGUAUCUGUGUGACAUGUCCAAGGAGGUUUUCACUUUUCAGGUGUCCUGUGCUGGUAUACUUUGUCUAAUGCCAUAAUAAUGCCACUGCAGCACUGCUGCAAAGAAGCUGAACUUCUUGUAGACUGGCUGCUCAGGUGGUGGCUUAGCAAAGAGAGAUUCUAGAAAGCACCACGGCAUUCAACUUGGCAUCAGACAAGUGUGUUACUGUUCAUUAAUUCUUUUUCCUCCAGGCUGCUUGACUAACCUUAAGAGAUUGUCU